AAGUUUGUUUGUAGUCUGUUACCAUGGAGACACCCAGUCUGCAUAGGAGCUGUAGAAACAAGUGGAUAGAAAAUUUUUAAACAAGACCUGUCACAAAGUUGCCUCAUUUUUCAUUGCAAAUCCCCUAAGAGAAUAAAAAAUAUGGACAUAAUGUUGCCAGAAGCAGCCGAAGCUGGAUAAAUUACGCAAUUUGUUUAACUUCUGUUGACCUUAAUUGGAGUUGCACUAAUGGCGUUUCUGGAGUUACGUAGACAGAGAAAUUCCUGGGGCUACACUGUUUGCUUGACCCCUAUUAAAGGCAAUAGAAGUUGUUCAAAUUGCGUAACUUCCCCACUUUGGCGGCUAUGGUACUUACUUAUAUGGAGGUGCAGUUACAGCUCUAAGUCUUCAGGUGAACAUGGCGGUCAGAAUGGACAGGAGCAGAAGAAAAAAGGGAACUUUCAGUUCUGCGCUGGUCAGCUGCCGCAGUAUACCAUGCUGGAUGCUUUUGGAGUGGGGGCAGCAGCUGUGUUUUUCCUGCAUUUGGCUCGCCAAAUUUCAUUUCAUUGCCAUAUCAAUAAGUCUCGAGAAGACCAAGCCCCUCAAUGCGCUUCCCUGAAACAGAUCUUCACAUCUCUCUCGGACUACAACAAUCUCUCUGUGAAAAGUCAUAUUGUUCCACAAGCUGUCCAGCCUUGUACCUGGAAUGAGCUAUGUUUGCAGGCUGAAGCUAACCUGCAGGAUGCAGACUCUUCUCUCGAGAUCUCCUCUACAGCGUCCUCUAGUGGCCCGCUUCAUCAUGUGCCUGAGCGCGGGGAAUCUCAAACUGAAGACUUUCUAGAUCUUAGCUCCUCAUGUGAACUAGAGACUAGGGAGGCGACAACAUCGGCAUAUGCUGAAGAGCCAUUGGAAUUAAAGGAAGAAGUUAAGGAAUCUCUUCAGGGUGCGGCCUCGCGACUGUUGGACGUCACUGAGAGCACUGUGCCAACAGUGCUGAAUAUUUUUGGUAUCAUCAGUGCACGGGACAGCGGGGACUACAGAACUGCCUUCCGCUUCUUCAGGGAGUCUGCAGAGGCUGGGUACAGCAAGGCUCAGUACAACACAGCUGUAUUGUAUGAGAAAGGGAAAGGUGUCGCCAAAGACAUGGCAAAAGCUGCAGAGUUGUAUCAUUUAGCUGCCGAAGGAGGUCAUCAGCAAGCCAAAUAUCGCUAUGCCCGGUAUCUGCUUAAUGCCAAACCUGAAGACACCCAGUCAGCUGUAACUAUGCUGCAAGAAGCUGCUCAAGCUGGGGUAAAAGAGGCACAGGCCUAUCUGGGAGUAUUCUAUAGUAAAGAAUCUCAUUUUAACCCUACGAAAGCAGCUAGAUAUUUUUGGAUGGCAGCUGAAAAUGGGGAUGUACAAAGUCGCUAUCAUCUCGGGGUGUGCUAUGAAAGGGGAUUCGGUGUUCCCGCCAGCAGACAUGAAGCUUUAAGACACUUUGAAAGAGCCGCAAAAUCAGGACAUGGAGAAUCUCAGCAUAAACUUAUAGAGCUGCAGUCCCAUGUAACUGGGGGACUCGGUUCUCCUCCAGCCUCCAGUCUUCGAACAACAACUUCCAGCCCCUGUCUUCCUGUUUUGGAGCGAGUAAAAAUCCGGAUGGAAACAAACAGCAACUUCUCUGCACGCAGCACAAGCAGCUUGGGCCUACCUCACUCCCUGAGCACCGGGAACCUGAUAAUGUCUCCGGCAGAGUGCGGCAGCUACCUCUUGGCACCUGUUCAUGUGACCGGCUUGGCACCUCCAAUGUCCGCUCUAAGGGCUAUUGGGGUUGGAUGAGCUUUUUGUUACUAGAGGGAUAAGCUACAAUACUGUGCACCAGAAUCUAAAAUAUUUGUUUAGCCAUAUAAAUUGUCUGAGUGGCAUCAGAGCAUGUUACAAGCCACUGAUCCUUGUGAUAAGUCUCUGGAAGAAAAUACUAUUGUUAGUAAGAUGUGAGCAAGUCCUGUGCCUCGUAUAGUCUGUAGGAUACCUUAAUGUGCCUUAAUUUAGCUGUGUACAACCAGAAGUAAUCAUGGACGAAAAGACAUAGCUUUAGUGUGGCCUGAAAGAAUUGCCACAAAAAUUGACCCUUGAAUUUUUCUGCUCUAUGAUGCAUUUUUUGUUUUGUUUUCAAAAAUAUUGUAUAUCAGUAUAGGUGUUAUCUGUUUUGGUGUUUUAUCCCCUGUGUUCUUCUUAUUGCAAGUCAUGUGAUUCCUUUCUCAUGUGACUGAAGAAUCUUAUGAAAAUAUGCCAACAUACAUUGCAUUUUUUCCACCUACAAACUGUCUAAGAAAGGAAAAACGCCACAAUUUCUUUAAAAAAAAAAUAUCAAAAGCAUGCUGCAAUUUAGAAAAACUACCGCUGAGUUUAAAAACACUACUAAAAACGAAAAAAGACCAAAAAGAAAAACUUGCUGGGACAAGACUGUGUUUUGGACAGUGGAGGAAUCCCUAGUGGUAAGAAGUAUAAAGCAUUUUUUUCCCCAAAAACAUACACAUUUUUAACCAAUGCAUAGAACAAAUACACAUAUAGGCCGGCAUUUAUCAUUGUAGAUGUAAGUGAAGCAUUUAUCAUUGUAGGUGUUAGUGAAGCAUUUAUCAUUGUUGGUGUAAGUGAAGCAUUUAUCAUUGUUGGUGUAAGUGAAGCAUUUAUCAUUGUAGGUGAAGCUUUUUUUUACACCUUUUUUGUGUGCUGUAAUGUGUAGAGCACCAAAUUUAUUAAAUUGUCACAGAGCAUUUGAUGCAUUUUGUGCAGGUCACAUUUUCUGAAAUUUCUCUCUUCACAUACACCAAAAAGCUAAGCUAAGUCUGGGCUGGUGUAGUUUUAGAGACUUUUCAGUGGCUUUGCGCCUUUUUCAGUUUAUAAAACCCUUCCAUAUCAUGUGUAUUGUCAAAAUCAGUGGAUUGCAACUCAAAAUCAGCAGAAAUUUGUAAACCAAAAGGCCCAAAAAAGGUGCAAAUAAACCCUGCUUGCGCCAUUUUUGUGCCUUUUUCGCCAAUGACAGUGCCAUUUUAACAAAAGUCGGACAAUCGUUAAAAAAUACAUUAUAUAUGUCCUUGCCAGUAUUAGGGGAAAACCAGGGCUGUGGCUCCCUGCUUUGACAUUGCAUUUGGCCUGUAGAAAAUUCUUGCAAGCACGACCAUGUGAAGUGAGUGGACUGCUGCUGGUGGAUAGCUUCACCAUCUUGUUUCAUAAGAGACCCUGCAAAUCGUAAUAUAAAGCUAGGUCCACACUACAGAAUUUCCGAGUGUAAUUUCGCUUAGUAAUUCCAGUGCAGUGGAAUCUUAUUGUUGUCGACAAGAUUCCACUGCACAGUUAACACUACGUAAAAUAGUGUCCACACUACGACAGCAAUGUCUGCAUGGACCUAGCACUGGCUAAUUCAGUCCGCACCGGGCUCACUCUGACUCUGUGGCUGAAAUUUUUUCAGCUGGAGAUUCUGUAAUGUGAACCUAGCCGAAGUGUCGGCGCAGUCUUCAGAGGUGCUUUUUGGACUAACACAUCCCUCCAUGUCCCAUGCAUCUGUUAAAACAUUAUAAAUGGGGUGUUUCAGACCUGCUGGCCAUUGUGCACAGGUCACCGUUCACCACACUUCUGCAUGUGUACAAGAAUGUUGGAGACAGAUGGAGGACCCCUUCUGUUACCCACUGAAUCCCAUCCUCUCCAGCAAUGCUGUAGUGGGUAAAAAGCGGUGUUCAUUACGCCUAAGGCUGGAUACAGGUGAAACUAAGUGACAUUGCCCUAGACUAGCCCAAAACUGACAUGAUCAGACAGACUGCAGGACCAGGACAGCCCAUUCAAUUCCAUGGGACUUUGGGGAUGCAACAUCAGGCAGUCUGUCUGAUCACACGAAUUUCAGCCUCAGCAAUGGGAUUGCACUUUUCGUUUUACCCCACUUUUGCCAACGGCCAAAACUACAGUAAAGAGGUUUUUCAGGAUUAGAAGAACAGAGCUGAUUUAUCCAAAAAACAGUGCCACAUCUGUCCUCAGGUUGUUUGCGGUAUUACAUUUUAGUUCCAUUGAAAUCGAUGCAGCCAAGCUAUAAUACCACACACAACCUGAGGAUAGGAGUGGUGCUGUUUUUUGAAAAAAAUAGCUAUUUUUUUUGGGAUAUCCCAUUUAGGUUACGUACACAUACUAGUAACUAGCAGCGGGUUUCCCGCUGCGAGUUACGCUACCAUUCAUUUGAAUGGGUGCAAGGACAGUCUGCAAUAGUAUUAGAUUUGCGGACUGUCCGCGGAAACAUUCAAAUAAAUGGUAGCGUAACUCGCAGCGGGAAACCCUCUUUUAGUUACUAGCGUGAGAACGCACCCUUAAGUUUGCAGCCCGGGCCUAGUGGAGGCCCCUAUGUCAGCCAUUUUAGUACUAGUGCAUCCUGCCUGAUGCCAGAGGUCAUAUUGCCUCCCAAUAAAAAAUGCUUAAGGGUACGUUCACAUGAGUGGAUACACAGCGUAUUUUACGCUGCAGAUCCGCCGCUGGAGGACCCCUACAGGGU